AUGAUCAUACCAAUAUUGGAAGCUCCGGGGAACGUUUCUGAAUUAGAAAUAAGGUUUGGUUUAGCUUUGAGUUUCAUUUCUUACAUUAAGGAGAUGGGAGAAAGCCUCUGGUUUCCAACUAGCGGCUCAAAAUUAGUUGUGGAUUAUUUUUCUCGUUUUCAAGAGGAUCGGCUACAGAAACAUCAGAAAAUUAACAUUGUGUGGUGUCUGGUUGACAACUUGUGAGAACUCAAGGGGAAGUGGUCUGUCUGCUGUGUUCUGUGCCCGCCUCCUGCUCCAUGUCUUCUCACGACACUCUAGACUUUCUCUUUCUAGAAGAAGUCCCUCAUCCUCUCUGUCUGUCUAUUGCUCACUCCAUCUAUAUCCUCAGGCAAUGGUUUGGAUCUUUAUAUUAGGGACCUUUCUCUCGUACUGUGUGGGACAGAACCAAAUUCAAGGUAAGUACAUUACAUCUACAACUACUACUCAGGGUUGGGGAUAUCCCAUUUUAAUAGAGGAAAUGACUUGAAAUUCUUAUUCAAGAAUUGAAAAGUGUCAUUUAUUUCCAAUGAUGAUUUUGCAAUUGUUGAGUAAGAAUUCACUUCCAGAAUUGACAAGCAUGACCCUAACCCUGGUACUGGUACCUGGCACAAGGCAGACAUGGUUAAUGGCAGGUCCGUUAUGAGAGUAGUGUUUCCCCUAUAUUAAUUUAGCAAACCAUAGGCAAAAUUGCCACGGGGAACAGGUCCCCCCUUGCUUUAACAGUCGACUUUGGGCAUGAAAACAGUCCAAUUUUCAAACAGAAAUGGGGUGUGCCUUUGGUGGUUCAUUGAUGUGUCUUUCUGGUCAUGCGCGCCACAACCGACGUAGCUAGUUCGUUGGCUAAGAUAGCCACUUGUAGCUAGCCAGUAACUCCUCCAGCAUGUGUUGACGUCAUUUCACAGGAUUUGUUUUUGGACGGAAGCUGUAGAGAUCAUUAAGAAACACAGGAGGUUGGUGGCACCUUAAUUGUGGCGAACGGGUUCGUGGUAAUGACUGGAGCGGAAUUAGUGGAAAGGUAACAAAUACAUCAAAUACAUGGUUUCCAGGUGUUUGAUGCCAAUUCAUUCGCUCCUUUCCGGCCAUUAUCAUGAGCCGUUCUCCUCUUAGCAGCCUCCUAUGGUAAGAAAUGGCAAAUAUCUUAUAUAUUAUUCAUCCAUUUUCUUUAAGCAUUAAAUGACCUGGUAUGAUGGUGCAUUGGUCAUUUACACAGUUUAAAUACUUAUUUUUUGCGUUUUUGCGUUUUUGCCCAAUGUUGACCUUUAAAGUAACUGUCCAGUGUUUCCAGAUUUCUAUGAAAUAUGACUUAUCAAUAAUUAGAAUAUGAGUGAAAUAGUUUUAUUUCCAAUUUUUUUUUAUUAAGUAUAUUAAAAAGCAGCUUUUCUGUGUUGGAAUGGUGUGGGAGUACCCCAACAACAGACUGGUGUGGGCGUAUACCGGUCAUAAAAAAUAUUUAUGCAAGUAGACCCCUAAUUGGCCAGCUCAUCCUCCUCAGGAGGAUAACAUCAUCCUCUAUGAGGAAAUAGCAAGCAUUUUUUAAACGAUCUGUUUGAGAUACAAGUUUUGCAUUUUUUACAUGUAUGCUUUGGCCACAAAUACGAGUAUAGGGUCAACAACAUUAUUUGGGUAUAAGUUAACAGAAUAUGAACUUUUAAAAGUGAGAUUUUCACCAGACAGUUACUUUAAAACUGCAACAUUUUCUCUCAGCCUCAUGGCAAAAUGUGUAGAGUAGCAAGAAAUUAGCUUUAAAACUGCAACAUUUUCGCUCAGACUCAUGACAAAAUGUAUAGAAUAGCAUUAUAAAACUGCACCUUUUUCUCUCUGCCCCAUGGCAAAAUGUGUUGAAAUGCAGGAAGUUUGCUGUUUUCUCCCAAAAAAAAUAUGUUCUGGGGGGCCUUACACUUAUACUUCCACUUCUACUUUCAAAAUACCCCUCCACAUCCUCCUCAACAUACCCCUCAAGAGAGGCAUUAUAGAAUUGCAGUAAAUGUGUUUUUAAAUGUUUUUUCAGGUACCACCUGGAUCCACCGUCUACUGUUCAUCCCCCCCAAUAUGUACACCACAAUUUCGCCCUUGUAGCAGACCCUCCUAGACCUCUGCUGUGGGUUUGUGCCUGAGAGAGUCAGGAAUCAUUAAUGAUGUCACUGUUGUGUUUGGUGUGUCAGGGGUCCACCAAGGAUGUGUGUCCCAGCCCUCAUGUUUCGCUUGCCUGAGGAGCCCUGGAUGUGCCUGGUGCAAACACAAGGUCAGCUUUAUCAUGUAUCAUCUGGCUUGCUGCUGCUGCCUGUAUUUCUUUGUUUCAAACUGUUGCAUGUUUUAUCCUCGAGUGUUGCUAUACUUUGGACUUGAUUGCUUUGUGAGUUGACUUCUUAGGGCUCUCUAAUGGGCCCCCUCUCUGUGGACAACAUGUGGGAUGACGGCAUUAGGGCCUUCACACUGUAGGAGCUACUUACAAUAGGAUCAAAUACAUUUAUUUGUCACAUGCGUUGUAAACAACAGGUGUACACUAACAGUAAAAUGGGGUCCUUCCCAACAAUGCAGAGAGAGAAAAAAGAGAAAUAGUAGAAAAAAAUAAGAAGAAUAACAAGGGGAAGUGGGUCUUCACUCCAGUCUGAAUGGUGAUAGCCUUUUGCAACUUGGGUGAGAUCAUAGACAAUGAUGUCCCAUCAAGCUCAUGUAAGAUUAUGUGGAUGUUAUAUUAUCAACAUUUUGAAUAGCUUCUACAGUUUAGCAGACAUUUUACUUAGAGUUAUGGGUUGAAUUAUACAGGACCUUAAAUUUAGUGGUGGAAUAGGUCACGUGACGAGUCAAACACUUUUAAAAAAUAACAACUCCUGACCUCCUGGUGAUAAGAGGUGUGAAAGGUUAGAUUGACGGAAAGCCAGUUAGGUCAAGUGAAUAUUUAAAUUCCUCCUUCACAUUGUCAUUCAUUUAGAGGAAAAGUUAUUUUCCAAUCGUUUCGUUCUGCACAUAACAUAAUUUUUUGUUUUCACUGUUCCAACCAGCAAAAGAAAGUUCUGAACCAGUUCGAAACAAAACAAGUAACGCUUUAUAUAAUUCCUUUUGGUUCCUUUUUAAACCUCAGAAAUAUUUUUUUUUACAUUUAGCUCAACAUUAAAUUACUUCACCAAUGGAUAGAGCAGCUUGCUAUGGAGCAGGCAUGACAAAUGCAUUGGACAGACAAAUCAAAUCAAAUCAAUUUUUAUUUGUCACAUACACGUGUUUAGCAGAUGUUAUUGCGGGUGUAGCAAAAUGCUUGUGCUUCUAGCUUCGACAGUGCAGUAAUAUCUAACAAGUAAUAUCUAACAAUUUCACAACAUAUAUUCAAUACACACAAAUCUAGUAAGGAAUGGAAUUUAAGAAUAUAUACAUAUAUGGACAAGCAAUGACAGAGCGGUAUGGACUAAGAUACAGUAGAAUAUUAUAGAAUAUAAUACAGUAUAUACAUAUGAGAUGAGUAGUGCAAGAUAUGUAAACAUUAUUAAAGUGACUAGUGUUCCAUUUCUUAAAGUGGCCAGUAGAAUAUUGAGCAUGUUUGGGAUGCUCUGGAUCGAUACGUACGACAGCAUGUUCCAGUUCCCGCCAAUAUACAGCAACUUCGCACAGCCAUUGAAGCCGAGUGGGACAACAUCCCACAGGCCACAAUCAACAGCCUGAUCAACUCUAUGUGAAGGAGAUGUGUCGCGCUGCAUGAGGCAAAUUGUGGUCACACCAGAUACUGACUGGUUUUCUGAUCCAUGCCCCUACUUUUUUUUAAGGUAUCUGUGACCAACAGAUGCAUAUCUGUAUUCCAAGUCAUGUGCAAUCCAAAGAUUAGGGCCUAAUGAAUUUAUUUCAAUUGACUGAUUUCCUUAUAUGAACUGUUACUCUGUAAAAUCUUUGAAAUUGUUGCAUGUUGCAUUUUUGGGGGAGUUUCUCCCAUUCUUCUCUGCAGAUCCUCUCAAGCUCUGUUAGGUUGGAUGGGGAGCGUCGCUGCACAGCUAUUUUCAGGUCUCUCCAGAGAUGUUUGAUCGGGUUCAUGUACGGGCUCUGGCUGGACCACUCAAGGACAUUCAGAGACUUGUCCCGAAGCCACUCCUGCGUUGUCUUGGCUGUGUGCUUACGGUCGUUGUCCUGUUGGAAGGUGAACCUUCACCCCAGUCUGAGGUCCUGAGCGCUUUGGAGCAGAUUUUCAUCAAGGAUCUCUCUGUACAUUGCUCUAGUCUCCCUGCCACUGAAAAACAUCCCCACAGCAUGAUACUGCCACCACCAUGCUUCACCGUAGGGAUGGUGCCAGGUUUCCUCCAGACGUGACGCUUGUCAUUCAGGCCAAAGAGUUCAAUCUUGGUUUCAUCAGACCAGAGAAUCUUGUUUCUCAUGGUCUGAGAGUCCUUUAGGUGCCUUUUGGCAAACUCCAAGCGGGCUGUUUUGUGCCUUUUACUGAGGAGUGGCUUCUGUCUGGCCACUCUACCAUAAAGGCCUGAUUGGUGGAGUGCUGCAGAGAUGGUUGUCCUUCUGGAAGGUUCUCCCAUCUCCGCAGAGGAACUCUGGAGCUCUGUCAGAGUGACCAUUGGGUUCUUGUUCACCUCCCUGACCAAGGCCCUUCUCCCCCAAUUGCUCAGUUUGGCCGGGCGGCCAGCUCUAGGAAGAGUCUUGGUGGUUCCAAUCUUCUUCCAUUUAAGAAUGAUGGAGGCCACUGUGUUCUUGGGGACCUUCAAUGCUGCAGAAGGUUUUGGUACCCUUCCCCAGAUCUGUGCCUCGACACAAUCCUGUCUCGGAGCUCUACGGACAAUUCCUCUGACCUCAUGGCUUGGUUUUUGAACUGACAUGCACUGUCAACUGUCGGACCUUAUGAGGGACAGGUGUGUGCCUUUCCAAAUCAUGUCCAAACAAUUGAACUCUAAUCAAGUUGUAGAAACAUCUCAAAUAUGAUCAAUGGAAACAGGAUGCACCUGAGCUCAAAUUUCUAGUCUCAUAGCAAAGGGUCUGAAUACUCCUGAGUGGCGCAGUGGUCUAAGGCACUGCAUCGCGCAGUGGUCUAAGGCACUGCAUCGCAGUGCUAGCUGUGCCACUAGAGAUCCUGGUUUGAAUCCAGGCUCUGUCGUAGCCGGCCGUGACCAGGAGACCCAUGGGGCGGCGCGCAAUUGGCCCAGCGUCGUCCAGGGUAGGGGAGGGAAUGGCCGGCAGGGAUGUAGCUCAGUUGAUAGAGCAUGGCGUUUGCAACGCCAGGGUUGUGGGUUCGAUUCCCACAGGGGGUAUGAAAAAAUAAAUAAAUAAUGUAAGUCGCUCUGGAUAAGAGCGUCUGCUAAAUGACGUAAAUGUAAAAUGUAAAUUAGGUAUUUCUGUUUUUUAUUUUUAAUACAUUUGCAAACAUUUCUAAAAACCUGUUUUUGCUUUGUCAUUAUGGGGUAUUGUGUGUAGAUUGAUGAGGAAUUAAAAAAAAAAUCCAUUUUAGAAUAAGGCUGUAACGUAUCAAAAUGUGGGAAAGGGAAGGGGUCUGAAUACUUUCCGAAUGCACUUUAUAUCAAUAUGAAAACCUCGUAGUUUACUGACUUUGUGUGUAAUAGACCAGAAAUAUAUAUCAGUUUACUCAUCCAGAGCUAAGCUUUAGCAAUGUUGCUAGUUAUCCAUAUGAUAUCGUGUAUUUUUCAUUUUAGAGAACUAUAGCUUUAACAAAUGUGUGAUGAACAUGAAUUAAUAUAUUUGAUGAUGUGAUUAGAAAGAAGGAAGGGUAUUCUCUUUAUUUAAUCAUUAAAUGUCUGUACUUAUCUAUUGAAAUUGAAAUAAUUUGAACAUUCUGUGCCAGAUAGAACCUUAUGUCUGAAUCCAGAUUUACAUUUCAGAGCCAUAUGGUUCUAUCUGCGAUUGCACCCCCUAAAAAAUUUUAUGUACAAAUGUCUUAGGAUUUUGAUACUCUGUACUUUGGGUACCUUAAGGUAAGGACCUUAAUGGGUUAUGAAAGAAGAAUUCACUACAAAAAUUCUGAGAUCUGGGAUGUGAAAACUUUAAUGCUCAAUAUCUCAGAACUAUGCUUUGCGGCAGUCAGAACCUUAUAGUCCCAAGGUCUCGAAUUGUCAAUCAUGUAUCACUAUCACUGAUCCUUCAUUAGACAUCAGAAAGUAGGAUAGAUUUAAUCUCAUGCUUAUCUUGCUUAGAUAUUUGAAGCGAAUCAGUGAGACUCUUGCUUACAAUUAAAAACGGUUUUAUUCUUUUCAAGUUAAUAACAUGAUGUUUCAGCUGUCAAAUCCCACUGGGCACAGAUGUCAGUUCAUCGUCUAUUUCACGUUGGUUCAAUGUAAUUUCAUUGAAAUUACGUGGAAACAACGUUGAAUCAACCAGUGUGUGCCCAGUGGGUUGUCUUAAACAGAAUCAGUAAACACGCAGUCUUGCUCGGGUGCCCAUGUCUUACAGAACAUGUGUAUGUUCUGUAUCCUGCUCUCAGUUUGAGGUUGAUAUUUGAAUGGUGUAGUUUGCUGCUGCAGCGCUCUGUGGUUUCCUAAACUAGUCGUGCUACUUGUGUCAGACUCACGUCCGUCUUUCUAUUCUAUUUCCACAUUCAUUUCCUGUUAAUGUCUGUGGUAUAAUAUUUUUCCCCAUGAGUCAAGAUAUUGGUGAUACAUUCAAAUGUUUGUUGGCUUUGACUUGAACUCUGUCAUUUCUCCCUGUAACCAAAGCAACAGUCUAAUCUAUAGGUCCUAUCUAUCAUAAUGCGUAUCCUAUGUAUCUUUAAAGAUAAUAAUUCAAUUUUUGCCUGAUACAGAGAUGUACCCCCAUCUGUUGGAUUGACAGCAGGCAGGCCCACAUGAUAAUCUGGCACCCCACGUGUAUGAGUCAGUGUUUUAUUUUCUCUAUCAUUAGUCUGACACACUGAACUAAGACCAUAAUACCCAUCCUCCUGACAGGACUUCCUGAAGUCUGGGGAGUCCAGUGAGCGGAGGUGUGACACUGCUGAGUCUCUGAGGACCAGGCGUUGUGAGCAGAUGGACAUCAUCAACCCCCAAUCAGAACAGGUCUUUCUGAAGAACAAUGAGCUCAGCAGCAACUCAGACAAUGUGGUCCAGCUUAAGCCACAAAACCUCCUCUUCAAACUUAGAGUCGGUGAGAAUUAUAUGACUCUUCCUAGAAGGCAGUAUUUCUCAGAAUACAAACAGGGACAGGUCUGAAAUCUGAAAUUCAUGGUGGUUCUUUCUAGAUUAUUUUUGAAGACAUGCAAAGUAAUAGAAAUAACGACUUGUGAUGUGAAGUAUUGUAUUGAUACAUGUAUUUGCAGUUGAUAACUGUUCUAACUGACCUGUUUGGUUUCAGGAGUCCCUCAGACCUUCAGUGUGUCAUUCAAGAGAGCCGAGGGCUACCCCAUAGACCUGUACUACCUGAUGGACCUGUCUUUCUCCAUGAAGGAUGACCUGGACACCAUCAAGAACCUAGGCCAGGACAUCCUCUCUACGCUGAAAAAAGUAACCCAGAAGGUCCGCAUAGGUGAGUGCUGAGGAGACAGACUUUUGCAGAAGAUAGGAUUUCAUGUCAGGAUUUCAAUCAACUGUGUGUAGUCAUCCGACUACGCCACCUCUCCUCAUCCUGUCCAUCUCUAUCCCUCUCCUCUCGCCGCUGUCAGGCUUCGGCUCAUUUGUAGACAAGGUGGCUCUGCCGUACGUCAACCAGGUGAAGGCCAAAAAGAAUAAUCCCUGUCCUAACCGCCUGAACACCUGUCAACCUGCCUUCAGCUUCCAGAAUAUUCUGGGACUCACAAAAGACGUGGCCGAGUUCAAGACCAGGGUCAGCAACCAGAUCAUCUCUGGAAACCUGGACUCCCCCGAGGCAGGAUUUGACGCAAUCAUGCAGGCAGCUGUCUGCCAGGUAGUGUCAUACAUAACCAAACACAGCCACCUCCACUUUAUGGAUUGGAGGGAAGGAUGUCUAGAACAUCCAUAUUUCUUUUUCUAUGGGUAUCUCCUUCUUUCUCUCUCUCUUUACUCUCCUUCUCUAACUUGCCUCACACCAUCUCUGUCACUCUGUGUCUCUCUCUUUCCUUCCAGGGUUUGAUUGGUUGGAAUAAUGUCACCCGGAUCCUGGUCUACACGUCAGAUGACACCUUCCACAUUGCCGGGGACGGCAGGCUGGCUGGUAUAUUCGAGCCUCAUGACGGGAUAUGCCAUCUCAAUGUCAGCGGCUUCUACGAUGGCACUAAAUAUGUGAGUUAUCAACAGAGGGGAAGGAUGAUCAACGCUUAGAAGAUGUGAGCUUGUUUCAGUGAUAGGGGCUGACAUUUGUUGCGGAAGAACUGGGGUACUACAACGUUUUUCUGUGGUUAUUUAUUCCACUUCCUGUAUAUGUCUCAGGACUACCCGUCGGUUGGCCACCUUGCCAGGGUCCUGGCAGCUAAUAACAUCCAGCUCAUCUUUGCUGUCACCGAGGACGGUGUUGCUGCCUACAAGGUCAGGACUGACAGGAGAGGUAGCUUGUAAGAGCAGAUUACAAAAUUUCACAAAAUGUUUAAAGGCCCAGUGCAGUCAAAAACGUGAUUUUCCUGUGUUUUAUAUAUAUUUCCACACUAUGAGGUUGGAAUAAUGCUGUGAAAUUGCGAAAAUGAUGAUAAUACCCUUUUAGUGUAAGAGCUGUUUUAAAAGACCGCCUGAAAUUUCAGCCUGUUUUGGUGGCAUGUAGUUUUUGCCUGCCUGGUGACAUGAGUUAAUAGACCAAUAAGAAAGAGAGUUCCAAAUCUUUCUGCCAUUAACAGCUAGUUUUCAUUUUUCACUUCCCCACUAAGACCACUUCCAGACAGUCCCAGCAAAAUUCUUGCUUGAGAAACUUCUGUUUGCUAAGAAGUUUUCUUUUUUUUGUUGUUGACCAUUUUAAUUGAAAACAAUCACAGUAAGGUACUUAAUUGUUACUCAGAAAUGCUUUGAUAUUGAGAUAAAAACGUCUGCCUUGGACCUUUAACCUCAGUAUUUCUACCUCCUCCCAUCUCUCUCUAUUGUGCCCAUACCUAAACACACACACACACACACACACACACACACACACACACACACACACACACACACACACACACACACACACACACACACACUUCUCUAGGCAUUGAGUAAACUAAUCCCUCAGUCAGUGGUGGGAGUCCUAAAGAACGACUCCAGCAACGUGGUCCAGCUCAUCUCAGAGGCCUACAAUGUGAGUAUCUCAAGCCUAGAAUACUACAAGCUACUGGGAAAUGGUGAAAUGCUGCAAUGACCAAAGAAAACCUACGUAUUCAAGAGGACAGCUUUAUUUGAAACAGAGAUGCUGAAGCUGGAAAUAAAAGCAUGUCUGUGGUUAUGCUCAUGAGUCACACUGCAGACUAAAAGGGUAGAACUAGCUCUCAUACGUAUUCUCACUGGAAACCUUCACCAUGGUUAGCUACUGACGUAUGUAGUGUGUGCUGUGCUCUCACAGGUCGAAAAAUAGGCUGUGGCAAAUUAUGUCUAAAUCUUCCUAGUGGUGACUUUAAAGGUUUCAUACAUGAUAUCCCUACAUUUCUCUAGAUAGGAAUAUGUUAAAAGUAGAGAAAUAUAAACUGUUUUUGCAAAUGUAUUACUUACAAUCAAAUGUAUUACCGUGGUUUUGCAAUGAAAUUCCAUUUAUUGGACACAUAGACAUAAAUGUAACAUCAUCAACUGUUCUAUCUAGUAAUGCAUAUCUAUUCACAGAACCUGUCCUCCACCAUCUUACUGGAGCACCAUGGAGCCCCCUCAGGUCUGGACGUGUCCUACAGAUCCCACUGCACCCCUGGAGAAGGGGACAACACCCCGUGGCAGAGGAGGGGCGAGUGCAUGAACGUCAAGCUCAACCAGCAGGUCUGGCACAAAGCAGGGGCGGGGAAGAGAUCAUGAUGUGAACAAGAACAGCAAAGCUCAAGUCUUCAAUGGAUUUUAGUCAUGUAACUUGGACUUACAGACCAAUUUGUUGUGUAUUAUCCCCUCCCUUGCUCCCAGGUCGACUUCACGGUAAGCCUGAACAUUUCAACAUGUCUGAAGGAGAAGCAGACGUUUUCCCUCAAACUGCAGGGCAUGAGCGAGACCCUGAAGGUCUCUGUGGAAACCCUGUGUGACUGUAACUGCCAUGACAGAGAAGAGCAGUCCACACACUGCAAUGAAAAUGGAACGCUCACCUGCGGCAUCUGCAGGCAAGUCCUAAAAUUAUGACUAGAACUCACAGCAUCUCCUGUUUGGUGAGAUAGAGAACUGUCGUUACAAACUGCACGGAGUAAGGGAAACAGCUGCAGUCUGCAGUCUUACCGUUACCACAGAGCAGUAAACUAGUUUCUGUAGUCAAAGAAAUGUAUCAAAGAAAUACUGUAAGUUCUCACAAUCAAAAUCAAAACUUCAGGUGAUUCAAGCCAAUAGUUAUCCAAAGAAAGUGAUUACAGAGAUAGUGAUUCAAGUGUUGUUUAGAUACUGAUGAGUAGGACUAGGAGUGUUCCCUGAUCAAGUGACCUGACCAGGAACAACUCCUGGCCCAAAUUAUAGGCUUUAAGUACCAGAAUUUCCCCAGUUUUUUGUUGUUUUCCCUGGCUUUUCAUCGUUUUUGUAAAAUACUAUGCCCUUUAGCUGUGACGAGGGUCACCUGGGUCAGAGGUGUGAGUGUGAGCGGCCUAAGGACAUGACCUCUGCCGACUCUAUGGACGCAGCAUGUCGCCAAGACAACUCGCAGCUGUGCAGCGGGCAUGGGAGCUGUGAGUGUGGCAAGUGUGUGUGCCAGGGCACCCACCACGGCAAUUUCUGCCAAUGUGAUGACAACAGCUGUGCCCGCCACAACAACAUGCUCUGCGGUGGUGAGUAAGCUCAAACAGUUAGUUCCAACCAUGCAUUUUGAUUGGCUAAAGAAUGUGUUCCUUAGCUGUACUUCAUUGCAGCCCAUUUGUCUGCCGUGAUUGACAGGUAAUGUCUCCUGCAGGUAAUGGGCAGUGUGAAUGUGGAACAUGUAAGUGUAAGGCCAACUACACAGGCUCUGCGUGUGACUGCUCCACCCUCACCGACCAGUGCAGGACUGUUGGGAAGCUGUGCAAUGGCCAGGGAACAUGCCAGUGUAACCAGUGCCAGUGCAACAAAGAGUUUGUUGGCAUAAACUGCUCAAAGAUUGCUAACGCAUGCCCAAAAUUCCUGUGAGUACAAGACAAUAAUUUAAAGUGAGUUUGGAUUGAGCGUCCAGGUUGACAAAGCUUAGGUCUUAAAUAGUGACUGUAUAGCAACACUUUACACUACAAUAAUGCAGUGUGUGUGGGGGGGGGUUGGUUAUUCUAUCCUUGUGGGGACCUAAAAUCCCCAAAAGUCCCCACAAGGAUAGUAAAACAAGGAAAAUGUCCCACGUCCCCGUGAGAACAAAGGCUAUUUUAAUCUUAGGGGUUAGGUUUAGGGUUAGGGUUACAAUUAGGGUUAGGGUUAGAAUUAGGGUUAGGGUUAGGGUAAGGGUAAGGGUAAGGGGUUAAGGUUAGGAGUUAGGUUUAGGGUUUGGGUUUGGGUUAGGUUUAGGGUUAGGUGUUAGGGAAAACAGGAUUUUGAAUGGAAAUUAAGUUUAGGUCCCCACGAGGAUAGAAAAACAAAACGUGUGUGUGUGUGUGUGUACCUUCAGUAUGUCUGUUAACCUGUCUUUAUGUAACAUUUCCAGGGCCUGUGUGAUGUGUGAAUUGAACAAUAAAAAUGUAAAGAGUAACUGCAGCCAACCGUGUGGCUCAAUCAAGCCCACUUGGGUGAAGGGACCCCAGGAGUUCCCCUGCAGUGAAGACACCAUCUCCUACAAAGUGGAGCUGUUCCCUAAUGGCAACAUCCGGAUCUUCUACGCAGAUCUGCCUCGUGAGACCUUACAUUUAUCUCUAAUCAUCAUCCUUAAUUUUCAUUUUAUGUCCUAAUGUUUUCACUUUUUCUAUUCUCACUGCUCAUUGGAGCUAUUCAUAAUAUUGCUAGCUUUUAGGCACACCUAAAAAUGACUACACCUAUGACAUACUUAUUCUGCCCUAUUCUGCUAUAGUUGUUUGAUCAAAUAUUUUUUACAUUAGACAAAAAGUUUGUUCAAUAUUUGAGGCUGUAUUAUAAUUCGGGCCAGGGGUUAUCCUUACCACGUGACCUGAGCAGGAAAACUGGGGCCCAGUCAGGACACAUGUUCUACUACAAACUCUUCCUCUCCACAUUCCUGGCAGGCUCUAUUGACAAGACUUACGUGAUCAUCGGCAGCUCUGUGUCCAGCAUCAUCUUCAUUGGCAUCGCAGUGAUCAUCAUCAGCAGGCUGAUGCUAGAGCUCCACUACCGUAGAGAGUACGCCAGCUUCCUCAAAGCAAAAGAGGACGAAGUCUGGGAAGAUGUGAGAGAAAGAACAGUACACACAUGACAAUGAAUCACCAUGACGUGAAAUAGACUAAAUGUCCCAGCAAUAACUGGUUGCUUGUCAUAACCAAAUAACUUUCUAUUGUUCUCAGUCUCAUCGUUUUUUAUAUGAAUAGUGGAUUUCAUCAUUAUUUGUGUGAAUGUGUUUGGUCUUCUUAUGGUCGUUUUUUUGUUAUUGAUUUUAGAGCAAAUAAUCAACUUAAUGAGUCUUUAAUGCAAGAUUUGUAAUGUUAGGUGUUGAAAUUGAUUGUUGAUAACAUGAUUAUUGCUCUGUACUAAACCUCUCUCUUGUUUGGUCCUUUUGUGUUUCAGACAAAAAAUCCCUUGUUCCAGGAUGCCACGACCGUAGUUAUGAACCCCAUGCACAUUCAAGAGGACUGAUCCAAACCCAUUAGACUCUAAAGCCAACAAACACUUCACUUCCAGAAAACCUGUGAUCUACUAUAAUAAGUGAAAGCCAGACCAUAUACCGAUCAUAACUUCAGGGAACUGCAAGAGGAACAAAGACUGUUGUUAAGAGGAACAAAGACUUUGUCAUGAGAACAUUACAUUCUAUAUCCCUGUAUUUCAAGGCCAAUGUGUAUUUUAGAUAUGAUUUACAGCACGUUUAUUCCUGUACUCUAACUCUUCAAUGUGAUUGCUUACUCUUGUACAGAAGUAGUAGUGAGACCACUCCACUCUCUCUCAACUUUCAGUCUUUUUCUCAUGAUGAAGUCCCCCAUCUCCUCUGCAUUUGACUGUUUAUUUAAACAUUUGACAGUUAAAAUGCUCUGAAGUUAUUUAAUAUAGAGAUAUAGAAAUAUUAAGUCUUGUGAAGGGUCAUUCUUUUUUAGUUUGUGCAUAUAGUUUGUAUUGCAUUACAUUCCGUUUUUCUUAAUGAAUUACUUUUGAAUUAUUAUCAGCUGAAUUAUAUUUCAAAUUAUUCUCUGUACAGUGUAUUCAUUAAGUAGGCCUAUGUGAACACUGUGUGAUUGAAAUCAUAUAGUACCAUUUUUAAUUAUAUCAAUUAUAAUAAAGUAAUUUGUAGUGUAAUUAGCAGGCAAUAAAGGAGGAAAAACAUGAA